AUGGUUUCUAAUGUUACGAAGUCCCGUCUCCCUCGUAACCCCAUUUCUGCUCUUCAUGACCCGACUUGGAAAAUGGCUAUGGAUGAUGAAUUUCAUGCUCUUAUUAAUAAUAAGACGUGGGAGUUGGUGCCCCGUCCACCUCAUGUUAAUGUUAUUCGUUCUAUGUGGAUUUUUACUCAUAAGGUGAAAUCCGACGGUUCUUUUGAGAGGCAUAAAGCCUGCCUUGUAGAUGAUGGAAAACACAAUAGAUUGGCAUUGAUUGUGGGGGAAACUUUUAGACCGGUGGUGAAACCGGCUACUAUCCGUACUGUUCUUAGCUUGGCUUUGUCUAAAGCUUGGCAAAUUCAUCAACUUGAUGUGAAAAAAUGCUUUUUUGCACGGAGUGACAACUCUCUCUUUAUGUAUCGUGUUGGCUCGGAUGUGGCUUAUUUGUUACUCUUAGAGUUUGCUAUGAAGGACUUGGGUCCUCUUAAUUACUUUCUUGGCAUUGCUUUGACAAGGCAUAACGGUGGAUUAUUUUUGUCACAACGGAAAUAUGCUGAGGAGAUCAUUGACAGGGAUGAGCUCAUGUAA